AUGUCACAACCAAAUGUUGUUUCAAAUAUGUACCUUCGGAGACUGUUUAGACUAUUGUCAGGUUCGAAUCCAUUGGAAUUGACUUAUGAAGAAAUAUUUGGUCGAGAUCACUAUCCCCUUUUACAUUUACUUUCCAGAAUUCCUAUUGUUUCAUAUGAUAAUAUUUUUAACUGUACAACUCAGAAUAAUUGUAAACCAAGGAAAUUGGAUUCAUCACAAACCAUAUCACAUAGAAAUACAAUUCGAAAAAUAAAACAAAAUCCUUUCCAGAAAAUGCUCAUUGCUUAUAUUGAUUCAUAA